AUGAAUGACGAAGAGAGAAAGAGAGAGAGCAGCCCCGGGGACCGUCUUAUUCGCGAAGAAUACAAUGGAAAUCAUCAACAAAGGGAACAGGGCACGCACCCGGGCGUGAAGAUGGUUCGUCAGCAAUACAGCCUCAUUCUCGGAUUCAGUUACAUCAAGUACGUUCGGUCUACCCUGGGAUUGGACAGUUUCAAGUCUUCACUCUUGCUUCAGCAUCAGUCUCUCGAAGCAGGGAGUGCCCCCGUGAUGAUGAUCUGGGCGGGCGCAGAAACCCAGGCGAAGAAUACGAGACGGGGCGAUACCAUCUCCGCUGAUUGGGUACUUUUAAGUCCGUACGGUGGCUGUGUCUGCAAAGUAAUUUAA